AGUCACUUCCGGCCCAGGUACGCGAGGCCGCGGCCUUCUUUCCUCUCGGAAAGGAUCAGAAUGAGUACCUGGGGAGCCUCGAGGUGUGUGAGAACUGCCAGGUAUAGCAGUGCAGGCUGUCCUAUGCUUUCGGGCAUCCUGCCGGGAUAGCCUAGUGGCAGCAGGACCCCAGCCCACACCCUGCUUGUGAAGGUCUCUGCCUUUCCCCAGGAAACGGAGAAGAUGAUCAAGUUCCAGGAGCCAGUGUCCUUCAGGGAUGUGUCUGUGGUCUUCACCGAGGAGGAGCUGGGGCUGCUGGACUCUGCCCAGAGGAAGCUGUACCGAGACGUGAUGCUGGAGAACUUCCGGAACCUGCUCUCAGUGGGGAAUCAGCCGUUCAAACCGGGGCUUAUAUUCCAGCUGGAGAGAGAAGAAGAGCUUUUGAUGAUGGAGACAGAGACCCGGAGAGAUGGGUGUUCAGGAACCAAGAGUCAACAUAAUAUGGAAAGUAUUCAAGAAGUGGGAUUAAGCUGCCUUUCCCCCAAAGAGCUUUCCACCUGGCAGACCUGGCAACAAGGUGCAGGCAGAUUAACCGGGUAUCAAGAGUCCAUGAAAAUUUUUCAAGAGAAUACUUCUCAGCUGCAAAAACAAGGUGAUUCCCCCUGCCAAGUUUGGGCAGGAAUACCGAUUGAGAUUUCUGAAGAUGAGAACUACGUAUUGACUCAUAUAGGAGAUGGUUCCCAUGACAUAAAAAGCCAAGAAUUUCCCUCUUGGAGAGCCCAGCAUUCUUGGAGGAAAAUGUAUCUUACAGAGUCACGUAAUUAUCAGUGUAGAUGUCAGAAAAUUUCCAUGAAAAAUGAUUUCUGUAUGUCUGAAGGUAUCAGUUGGAUCUCACAUCACAAUGAUAAUCUGGGUGUACACAGGACAGAAAAAAACUAUAGCUGCCAUGACUGUGGAGAAGACGUCAUGAAAGUUUCAUUGCUUAAUCAAGACUUAAUUCAGACAGGGCAAAAGCCCUACCCUGGUAAUGAGUACAGAGGAGCCUUCAACAAUGACUCCAGCUCUGAAGUUCUUCAGCAGUUAUACUUAGUAGGAAAGGCCCGUACAUACAGUCCAUGUGGAAAGGACUGUAGUUACAGUUCAGUUCUUCAUACUCAUCAAAGUGUUUGUAGAGGAGAUAACUGUGUUUCUGAGAGUUCACAUCUGCAGUGUCAUCAGAAAGUAUACGCAGAGGAGGUGCCUUUUAAAUAUGAAUAUGGUGAGAAUGUCAAUCAGUGCUCCUCUCGUAACACAUAUGAACUUACUCACACAGGAGAGAUGUCCAACAGAUGCAACAUUUAUGAGAAGGUCUUCAGUCAUAGCUUAGACCUUAGUAGUAGUUUUAGGGUCCGUACUGAGCCGGAGCCCUAUGAAUUUGAGGAGAAUGGGAAUGUCUUUAACCAGAAUUCUUGCCUUCGAGCCCAUCAGAAAAUCCAAACUGAAGAGAAACUAUACACAGAUGUGGAGUGUGAGAAGGGUUUCAUUUGUAACUCAGAUUGUAACAUUCAGCACAGAGUUCACAUGGAAGAGAUUCCCUACAAUUCUGAGGUGUGUGGUAAUGGCUUCAGUCUGGCCUCACAUUUUCAAGGCCUUCAGAUAGUCCACACUAGGGAACAACCAUAUAAACAUUAUACAUGUGGUAACAGCUUCAGCCAAAAUUCAUAUCUUCAAAGCCAUCAGAAAAUUCACAUUGGAGAGAAACCUUACAAGGAGUGUGGGAAUGGCUUCAAUUGGAAUUCAAAACCUAAAGAUCAUCAGAGAGUCCACACUGGAGAGAAGCCAUUCAAAUGCAACGCAUGUGGUAAAGUCUUCAGUCACAGAUCAAUUCUUAAUGUUCAUCAGAGGGUCCACACAGGAGAGAAACCUUUUAAAUGUGAGGAGUGUGAUAAGGGAUUCAGUCGGAGUUCAUACCUUCAAGCCCAUCAGAGAAUCCACACUGGAGAAAAGCCAUACAAAUGUGAGGAGUGUGGGAAGGGAUUCAGUCGCAAUUCAUACCUUCAAGGCCAUCAGAGAGUUCACACCGGAGAGAAACCGUACAAGUGUGAGGAGUGUGGGAAGGGAUUCAGUCGGAGUUCACACCUUCAAGGCCAUCAGAGAGUUCACACUGGAGAAAAGCCAUUCAAGUGUGAAGAGUGUGGGAAGGGAUUCAGUUGGAGCUUUAAUCUUCAAAUUCAUCAGAGGGUCCACACAGGAGAGAAACCCUAUAAAUGUGGAGAAUGUGAUAAGGGCUUCAGUAAGGCCUCAACUCUUCUGGCCCAUCAGAGAGUCCACACAGGAGAGAAGCCCUACCAAUGUGAUGAGUGUGGUAAGAGCUUCAGUCAGAGAUCGUACCUUCAAAGCCAUCAGAGUGUCCACACUGGCGAGAGACCAUAUAUAUGUGAGGUAUGUGGGAAGGGCUUCAGUCAGAGAGCAUAUCUUCAAGGUCAUCAAAGAGUCCACACCAGAGUGAAGCCAUACAAAUGUGAGAUGUGUGGGAAGGGCUUUAGUCAGAGCUCACGCCUUGAAGCACAUCAGAGGGUCCACACAGGAGGGAAACCAUACAAAUGUGAGGUGUGCACAAAGGGUUUCAGUGAAAGUUCACGCCUCCAAGCACAUCAGAGAGUCCACACAGAAGGGAGGCCCUAUAAAUGUGAACAAUGUGGUAAGGGUUUCAGUGGGUUUUCGAGUCUUCAGGCCCAUCACAGAGUCCACACUGGGGAAAAACCAUACAAAUGUGAGGUGUGUGGUAAGGGCUUCAGUCAGAGAUCAAACCUCCAGGCUCAUCAGAGAGUCCACACAGGAGAGAAACCAUACAAAUGCGAUGCAUGUGGUAAGGGUUUCCGUUGGAGCUCAGGUCUUCUAAUUCAUCAAAGAGUCCAUAGUGGUGACACAUUCUAUAAAAGUGAAGAGUAUGGUAAGGAUUAUGUUUCUUCAGAGAAUCCAUACAAAAGUGAAAUUCUGUAAAAUGGUAUUCUGUUGCGUUCUGAAGUCCUUAAAUGAGAGCUGAAAUUUUCCAUUCACUCCAGUUCUUAUAGUAGAAAAAGAAUUUCUUUCAUGAAAAGGUAAUGUUUCUGCCAAACAUCAACAUUCACAAUAGUCAGGAGACCACACAGCAGAGACAUCUAACGAGAGGGGUUCCAUACGGGAUUUUGUGAGAACUUUAACAUGUCAUUGCACGUGACUUUAACCUGUUGUUGCACUAGGGCUUAAAAAAGAUAGGAGUAUAGUCAGGAUUUUAACAGAAGCACAGUGAUGAGCAUGCCUAAAUCCAUGUCCACUGGAAUGUAAAGUUAAUGAGAGAAGGGGCUUCGAGCACUGUGAAGUCUCCAAAGCCACGACACUGCAGAACUCGAUAUUAGGUGCUCAGUACUUUUUGCUAAAUGACUAAAAGUGUGUAAAGGUAUCAUGUUUGAAAUUUUUAUUAAGCUUAUUUUCCCCCAAAAGUCAUUUAAAAAUGCAUUUGGAGGAGGAAUACUGCAAGUCAUGUAAGCACUUCAAGUAACUAUUAUUUGAAAUGUAUCAGCAAUAUUGCAAUCUGAAAUUACAUGAAUUUGGCUGCAACCCUGUUGGGAUUGGUUCUCUCCCUUUGUCCCUCGUGUAAGCAGGGAUGAACUGAGUUUCUUACCAUUUGGUCUCUUUCUCUACAGUAUACUAUCCAUUUAAGUUUGGCUGUGAGUAUGUACACCUGUGUACACUUUAAAGGACAGUACAAACUGAUAAAACAAUGUUUCUGGUUAACUUUACAAAAAUGGAACACUACAUUUCACAUAAUUGAAUUUUUACUCCUGCUCUGUGUGUUAGGACAGAGUUUUACUGUAAUAUUUGGAAAGUG